AUGGGGUGCUCUCACAUGCGUUCUUUGGUUGGGGUCGUCGUCACCAUGCUUCUGCUCCUAGCUUGUUGCGAAGGUAAUUAUGUAUCAGCAUCCUCCUCGCAGCAGCUGCAGCAGCGCCAGCACCAUCCACGCAAGAUGCUCGACGUCGGCGGCGCGCCUUCACCGUCGGACAUCGUGAUCGUGCACGGGUGCUCGGACCCGGAGGAGCUGAUGCAUCUGUCCCAGAGCAGAGCGGGGAGCACGGGCGGCGGCAUGCCGGAGUACACCGUGGAGAUCACCAACACCUGCCUCGACUGCAACGUUUGCAACGUCCACCUCUCCUGCGGCGACUUCGCAAGCACGGAGCUCGUCGACCCGGCCACCUUCCGCCGCCUCGCCGUCAACGACUGCCUCGUCAACAACGGCGGACCCAUCGGACCCGGCGAGUUGAUCACCUUCCAUUACGCCAACUCAUUCAUCUACGACAUGAAAGUCAAAUCCGCCUCCUGCAAGUGCGCCUAA